AUCAACGUUGUGUAUAAAUUUCUCUGUGAUCAUAUUGUGAAAAUCAUUGUAAUAGGUGUGAUUUCAAUGCUCUUUUUAGAUGAUGCACCAGUUGGGAGGUUUAGGGUACCUGGCACAAUUUCAGAACAGUAAGGGCCUCAUUAUUUUCGAGCAGACAGAUUCCCCUGAAUGGAAUGGAAUGGAAGCGGCGAGAAACUGACAGGAUCCGCAAACGUCGGAGAUCCUGUACGAAGUGGAAGGGCUUGCGGUGUCAUUCGAGGAAAUUUCACAAUUCGCGUCAUUUGAGAACUGGAUUCUGACACCAAUUUCCUGCGUCAGAUCUAGGGUUGCAACGACAGACAGACUCCAAUAUCGGUUAAAACUUUGACUCAAAUUUCAUUGGCAGAAACUGAUGAUCACUUUGCACUUGUCACCAGGAGAGAAGCUUGGAAGGACCAAUUCUGCGUUUCCUCGUGACGAGGUAGUGGGAUACUCUCUCACGAUACAGGUAUCAUCAAGGGGAAGAAUUUUUUUCGAGAGGCCGUAUCUCCUCCACACGCACAAGGGCGAUGCAGCCGGAGCAUUUCAUCAUGAUUCUUCCCGUAUCGCUAGCUAUCGUGAUCAUUUUAUAUCUCUUCAAAAUCAGUCCUUUUCUCUACUAUCUCACGGACUGACCUCGGACCCUCGAACAUAAUGACGAAUUGACGAAGCUUCCGCCUAAAUGAGAUGUGGACACUCCACAAACCUCGUUCAUGUUUGCGUGCUUACUCCCCAGUUCGUGAUCAUAGUCAACACGAAGUUUAAAAACCUUGUAUCGCACGUUUAGUUCUGUCCAAUUCUAGGAGAGGAGACAAUAUAAAUACUAAGGAUUGCAAUGACUCCUUGA